GUUCUAUUGAAGGGUAGCAUAGAAAGAAUUGUGUUAGGAAAAAUAGAUUAAAGAGAGGGAGAAUUUCUAAAGUGAUGAAAAAUUCAAGAGUUCUUUUGAUGGUGAGUGUGGUUUUGGGAGUGUUGUCAUUGUGGCCAAUGGUGGUCAUGGGAGGUCCAAAGCUUCAUAAGGUGGGAGGAUCCAAAGGUUGGAAAGAGAAUGUCAACUACACUACAUGGUCUUCUCAAGAGCAUGUCUAUGUUGGUGAUUGGCUAAAAUUUGUCUUUGACAAAAGAUACUACAAUGUAUUGGAAGUGAACAAGACAGGCUAUGAUUACUGCAUCGACAUGACCUUCAUAAGAAACUUGACAAGAGGUGGUCGCGACGUGGUUCAAUUGACGGAGGCAAAGACAUACUACUUUAUCACCGGUGGAGGUUACUGCUUUCACGGAAUGAAAGUUGCCGUGGACGUUCAAGAACACCCAACACCUGCACCAUCUCCAUCUCUUUCAGAUACAGCGAAAUCCGGUGGUGAUUCUAUUUUGCCAUCAAUGUAUACAUGCUUUGGGAUUAUUGUUGCUAAUGUUGUUUAUGUGAGUUUGGUUUUAGUGGGGAUUUUGUAAGAGAUUAGGGUAAAGAAUUGACAAUUAUUUGGGCAUGGAUUAUAUAAAUUAAGGAUAUCUUAUGUGAGUGAAAAGUGAAAGCAGCUUGAAUAAUACAUGUUACUUUUUAUUUAGGAUUUGGUACUUGUUACUUUAA